CUGCAGCAACUGCAGCCUGCAGAGGGCAACGCCAAACCCACAUGUACACCGCCACAUCCCCUCGCUCGCUCCAUCCUCUCUGACGCCUUUUCCGAAUCCUCUGCUGCAAUAAUAAUCUGAUUGCCCCCUCUUCCUGCUGCUCGAUCCAUCUCCUCUCUCAAAUAAUCACACUUGGGACACAGCACCAGCAGGUAUAGUAGCCUUGAGCUGAGACCACACAACCACUACAGAGGGGAGAGAAGAGAGAGAGGGGGGAACCGGGGAACUGAAGUCUGGACUGCAAGAGAACAGCAAGAAACGGACACGCACGCUGGUGAGUGGUGAUCAUGAUGCUCUCUGAUCUCUCGUCUGACCACGAGGCCACUGGAUCCAGCUCCCAUGGCGGGGACAUCGCCAGCUACGCCCUGAGCCCUCUCUUCCUCGCGCCGGCGCCGCCGCUGGCGGGGGCGGCGGCUCCGCAGACGGAGGCGCCCAGGGUGGGGGCCAAGAGGAAGAGGAGCCAGCCCGGCAACCCAGACCCCGGCGCGGAGGUGAUCGCGCUGUCGCCGCGGACGCUGGUGGCGACGAACCGGUUCGUGUGCGAGAUCUGCAACAAGGGCUUCCAGCGGGACCAGAACCUGCAGCUGCACCGCCGGGGGCACAACCUGCCAUGGAAGCUCCGCCAGAGGAGCCUCCCGUCCGGCGCCGGCGGCAGGCAAGGCGACGCCGCGGCGGCGCCGCCGCGCAAGCGCGUGUACGUCUGCCCCGAGCCCACCUGCGUCCACCACGACCCUGCGAGGGCGCUGGGGGAUUUGACGGGGAUCAAGAAGCACUUCUCGCGGAAGCACGGCGAGAAGCGGUGGCGGUGCGAGCGGUGCGGGAAGCGCUACGCCGUGCAGUCGGACUGGAAGGCGCACGUCAAGGGAUGCGGCACGCGCGAGUACCGCUGCGACUGCGGCAUCCUCUUCACCAGGAAGGACAGCCUGCUCACGCACAGGGCCUUCUGCGAUGCCCUAGCUGAGGAGAGCGCGAGGAUUCUUGCGGCCGCGAACAACGGCAGCACCAUCACCACCACCAACAGCAGCAACGGCGGCAACAGCGGCAGCGAUCUCCUCUUCUCCAACAGCAGCGGCGUCGUCACGCCGCUGUUCCUCCCGUUCCCCAACCCUCCUCCUUCUCCUCCUCCUCCUGCCGCGGCGGCGGCGCAAAACCCUAACGCCUUCUACUUCCUGCACCACCAAGAGCAGCAGCUGGCGGCUCCCUUCCUGCACCCGAGGAUGGUGCAGCCCUCGCCGUACCUUGACCUCCACGCAGACGCCGCCGCCGUGACCACCGCCACCUGUGGCGGCAUCGGCGCCGACACGGUCAACUUCGGCCUCGCCCCGGACGGCUCGGUGGCUCUGCGCCACCGGCGCCUCACCAGGGACUUCCUCGGCGUCGACGGUGGCAGUCAGGUCGAGGAGCUGCAGCUGCCGAUCUACGCCACGGCUGCUGCUGCUGCUGCCACCGUCGUCCCCCGCGCCGCCAGCUGCGCCACCGACCUGACCAGGCAGUACCUCGGCGAGCGGCCGCUGCCGCCGGUCAACGAGACGUGGAGCCACAACUUCUAGGCCGGCCUACUUGAAGUUUUAGAGAAGCCACUCAAACCGCAUGCACGUACUUGGAAAGCAACCAAACGAAGUGCAUUGCGUCGAUCGAGCGUGCCAUCUUGUGCACUGCUGUUAAUUUCUUGCAUCUGCAUUUCCUUGUUUAAUUACUCAUCGUCUAGGGUAAGGUGGAUUCGACCUUCGAAACUUUUGAUGGAAUGGACGGUAUCGGAUUUAUGUUGGGUUUUAAGAUGUGUUUGUCGGGGAGGCGUGUUCUCGUUAUGGUACGGUUAUAUGAUAAUACAUUGAAUCAUCUUAUCGUGUCU